CAGCCGCCAGUGCCGUGAGCGACGCCGGCGCAGCACCCCGUCGCGGCCGCACCGAAACCGCAACAACGAUACGUCAAAAUAUAAACAAUACAAUUGAUAUGAGCCUGACUGCCGACCCGUGUUUAGUAAACUGUGCCAUGACGAACAUUGCUUUUACUUUAAACUGUUUGUUUUAAUAGAAGCGGAACCGUCGAUUGUAGAGAAGAUGGCUAUGAAAGAGUGGUUACAAUGGCUCCCGCCUCCACGCUCGUUGCUGGCACUCCUGCUUGCUGUGAUCGGAUUCAGUGGCCGGCUGUUUGCAGCACACGUUACCCAUUCCCCCACACUGCUGGUUGACGCCUGCCACUCCUUGUGUCGGCUGAUUGGUCUCAUCACUACUUUACUGGCUUAUAAGUACGAGCGAGCUGACGAAGGCGCGGGUAGUGAAGGCAGACUACGCAACACAUUCGGAUGGGCGCGAAUCGAGGUCCUAGGCAGGCUAUCUGUCCACGUGCUCUUCGCGUCUUUCGCGCUAGCAUUAGUGGUGAAUGCACUACAACUUGGAGUCCAUUCAUCACAUGUCCAGCCUCCGAGAUACCCACGGGUGAUAUUGGGAGCUGGUGUUAUCGGAUUGUUUUUGAACGCCAUCAAUUAUAUGUUGCUGGCAGGUCGUGAACUGAGCUACAGUCGACGAUUGAGUGUGACGGAAGGUGGUGGAGUCAUUCUGAAGUCAGGUUCAAGGGAACCAGUCCUUGCCCAUGCUCCUAUUGAUAUUGCCAGCAGUUUAUUCGUGAUGUUAGCCGGUUUAACAUUGGAAUGGGAAGCAAGUGCCGCAGGAAUAGCUGAUCCAGGCCUAUCUGCGUGCGCAGCCAUUCUUCUUGUUAUUUUUAACUAUCCAUUCAUGCGUUCUGCUGGGCUGGUACUGCUGCAGACAGUCCCCGAAGGUCUGGGGGCAUGUGAUCUGCGAACGGCUGCCCUCCAGGUGCCAGGAGUACUGGCUAUACAUGAACUGCAUGUGUGGCAGCUGCAUCGGGACCAGCUGGUCGCUACUGCGCAUGUGUCUUAUAGUACUGAAGAGGAUUUCCUGAAGAGUUCUAGUCUAGUCUGUGACGUGUUCAAACGUCACGGCAUCGGUCUCGUGACCCUGCAGCCAGAGUUCACGCUUGCGGCCAUUACUGGUUCAGUAGAAGAAAAGAAGCUCCUAGUGGAACUAGCGAACGCGUCUUGUCCGUGCCCUUGCGCGAAAGAGUGCUGCGCGCCGAGGUGCUGCGCCGCGCCGCGGAAACCAUCCAUUACUCGCAUUUAACUCAAUUAUUGCUUGCAAUAGCGACUGUUAUCUGAACCAGGCUGUUAUAUCAAUUUAUGAAUUUAGCCAUUUAGCCUUUUAGCCAUUUCCAUAUUCAAUACACAGGUAUUGAAUAUGAAAAUGGCUAAAAUGCUGCACAGUAUGGGAAUAUCCGUACGUUUUGCCGCAAUACAUAGGUAUUAUGUAUCUAACAUUUAAUGUUAAAAUCUUUAUUCGAGAUUUUUUGUUGUUAAUUACUGUAAUAUAAGAGGUAAUAGCAUCGUCCGUAACUGAUCUACAAUUAUGAAGGAAAAAUAUUGCAGGAAUAUACUUUGUUAAAUUUUGAUUGGAAUUUUGCUACUUAUGCUCAAUUUAAGAAAUGGCAUAAACCUUAUACUAAUAUUUUAAAUGCUACCUAAAUUAUUUAGGUCUUAGACUAUGAUUAGUAAAGGACACAAAGAUAUUUAGCUCUUUACAAAACACUUUGUAAACAGGGUAUCUUUAUUUUUGAAUAAGCAUUAAAAAUGCGUAUUUGUAUAUAAAUUAAUUAAUUAAGAUGUAUUAUAACAUAAAACGUAUCAAUAGUACAACCAAAGAAACCAUACAACUAUUGCGCAAAGACAUUCUAUAUAUAGUAAUCUAUUUGUUUCUACUUUUCUUACCGACCGGCUUGCAUUUCUAACAAGUUUCUCGAAUUUACAAAAUAGGUAGUAAAUUGACAUGCUUUGUACUCAUGAAAGAAAGUGUAUAGAAACUCAGGAAGCACUCAAAUGACAUAAUAUUAUGUUCUUAGGUGCAUGUCAUUGAAACAUUUAAUUGAAUGCGAAGAAAUGAUCCAUUGUGUGAUCACAAAUGAACUCAUUGUUAAAUCAACUUUACAAUGGCCUUUCAUAUUAAUAGAGAUAAUGAAGGCAGUAUGGAUCGCUGAUGAAACAUUGAAUAAAGCAUUCAUUGCAAUAUUGUCUCUCGACCCAAAUUUUUUAUGAUUUUUGGGGUAGGUAGGUUUUUAUAUUAUUGUUAUUGCUCAAAUAAUGUGUUCCUCUGUUUAUACCUUCUAUCUUGCCGUUUACACAUAGAAUGCGAAUAGGUAAGCGAGAUAAUAUAAUGUAGUCUGUUGUGGUGUAAUGACAGAACAUAUGGCUACAAAAAUGUACCUACGUCCGAAAAAAUAGCUAUUACGACCACAGAACCUCUCUUUAUAUGUUCUGUGCUAACGACAAAUGUUAAAAUUCAUAAAUACUAAGAAUGCGCACAAGUUUAUCUGUAAUGUUUGUUUACGGUAAGUCCUUGGGAUUCCCUUUUAUCACCAGACCAGGGAAAUUUUACAAAAAUAGGAAACCUCUAUAAUGUAAUACGAUUAUUAUAAGGAUAACGUGUAUAAAGUUAAUGUAAUAUUACUAUAAAUUAAUAAAUAUUUAAUAAGUUUGUUUUUGUUAAAAAGUAACCUACUAAGUAUACCAUAAUAGAAUAGUUUGAUGCAGAUGAGAAGAAAAAUUGAAGCGACUGUGAUGUUCCUAGACAGUAUUAUAGGAAACGCUAGAAUUAAUAAGUUGACCGAGUGCCGAAUUAAAAGCUAAGUUGACAACUAUGUAGAAUAAGUUGGAUAAGUUACGUACAAACUUUUGUUGAUUAUUAAUAAAUUAUAACAAAUAAAAUGUUAAAUAAUA